GUUGCAAGCGGAUAUGAACGGAUGCAGUGUCCCUCUGUCUCCAUUUAUCACUAAUUCGUCAACAUUUUGUCUAAAUAAAUAAACUUACAGACGGCUUAAGAUGUCGGAAACGGGGAGCCGACUACGUAAGCUGCUUGAGUCGCCUAAUUUCGACCCGCAAAAUUACGUCAAGCAGCUGUCACAGCAGUCCGAUGGCGACAGAGACCUGCAGGAGCAUCGUCAAAAAAUCCAGAACUUGGCCGACGAAACGGCUCAAAACCUGAAGAAAAAUGUCUACAAGAACUACAGACAGUUCAUCGAAACGGCCAAAGAGAUCUCCUACCUGGAGAGCGAGAUGUACCAGCUGAGUCACAUCCUGACGGAGCAGAAGAGCAUCAUGGAGAGCAUCACUCAGGCCCUGUUGUCCACAGACAAGGAUGAGACCUCCAAGGAGAUGCAGGCUGCUUUCCCCAAGGAGACAGAGGAACUGAAGCAGAGGACGCUGACCUCACUGCUGGAGAAAGUAGAAGGGGGUAAAAACAUCAUGGACACCCCAGGGAGGCACCUAGUCUAUAAUGGUGACCUUGUGGAGUUUGAUGUCGACAACAUGUCCCCCAUCCAGAAGGUGCACGCUUUCCUCAUGAACGACUGCCUUUUAAUCGCCACCUGGCUGCCAAACCGCAGAGGAACCGUGAAGUACAAAUACAAUGCCCUGUACGACCUGGAGAGCUUCGCUGUGGUCAACGUGAAGGACAACCCUCCCAUGAAGGACAUGUUCAAGAUCCUCAUGUUCCCAGACAGUCGCAUCUUCCAGGCGGAGAACAGCAAAAUCAAGAAGGAGUGGCUGGAGAUCCUGGACGAAACCAAGAAGAACAAAGCCACCAAGGACAGGCACAAGAAAGAGGAGGAGGUCCCCACGUCUCCUGUGAGGGCAGAGGUGUCCACCAAUCCUUUCGACGUGGACGAUGACGAGCCAGUAGAUGCUGAAGAGAGUGUGGACCUCAGCCUCGAGUGGAUCCAGGAGCUGCCGGAGGAUCUAGAUGUCUGCAUCGCCCAGAGAGACUUCGAGGGCGCCGUGGACCUGCUGGACAAGCUCAACGAGUAUCUCAAAGACCAGCCGGUCAACCAGAGGGUCAAAGAGCUGAGGCUGAAGGUGGAUGAGCGUGUUCGGCAGCUGACAGAGGUUCUGGUGUUCGAGCUGUCUCCAGAUCGGUCACUUCGUGGUGGACCUAAAGCGACCAGGAGGGCCGUGUCCCAGCUGAUCAGACUAGGUCAGUCCACCAAGGCCUGCGAGCUGUUUCUGAAGAACCGUGCUGCUGCCGUCCACACGGCCAUACGGCAGCUGCGCAUAGAAGGAGCCACGCUGCUCUACAUCCACAAACUCUGCAACAUCUUCUUCACCAGCCUGCUGGAGACGGCCAAGGAGUUUGAGAUGGACUUUGCGGGGAACACGGGCUGCUACUCCGCCUUCGUGGUCUGGUCCAAAUCGGCCAUGAGGAUGUUUGUGGACGCCUUCAGCAAGCAGGUGUUUGACAGUAAAGAGAGUCUGUCGACAGCAGCAGAGUGCGUCAAAGUGGCGAAGGAGCACUGCCAGCAGCUGACUGAGAUCGGCCUGGACCUGACCUUCACCCUGCAGUCCCUGCUGGUCAAAGACAUCAAGGCGGCCCUGCAGAGCUACAAGGACAUUAUUAUCGAAGCCACCAAGCACCGAAACUCUGAGGAGAUGUGGAGGAGGAUGAACCUCAUGACCCCCGAGGCUCUGGCUAAACUCAAGGACGAGAUGCGCAGCUGUGGCAUGGGCAGCUUCGAGCAGUACACGGGCGAUGACUGCUGGGUGAACCUGAGCUACACCAUCGUGGCCUUCACCAAGCAGAUGAUGAGCUUCCUGGAGGAAGGCCUGAAGCUCUACUUCCCCGAGCUGCACAUGGUGCUGCUGGAGAGCCUGAGGGAGAUCAUCCUGGUGGCCGUGCAGCAUGUGGACUACAGCCUGCGCUGCGAGCAGGACCCCGAGAAGAAGGCCUUCAUCGUGCAGAACGCCAGCUUCCUCCACGACACCGUGCUGCCCGUGGUGGAACGGAGGUUCGAGGAGGGCGUGGGCAAGCCGGCAAAACAGCUGCAGGACCUGAGGAAGAGCACCAGGCCGGUUCGGAUCAAUCCAGAGAGCACUACAUCUGUAGUCUGAGACUGCGAUAACAAAUAAAAACACUUGAAUGCUGUUUUACUGACUCAUUUUAGAAAUAACUGCCAGAUGUUGGCUGUUUUGAAAUUGCAAGAAAUGACAGGAUAAGGAACAGCAGAUGUGUGAGAAGCUACUUCGCACCUGAAUUUUUAUUGACUCUCACAAAAAAUGCUUAUUGAUAACGGCUAAUAUUGAUGGAAAAUUAUCUGUUAUUAGCAUCGCAAUUAAAAAAUCCAUAUUUGCUGCAUCCUAUAUUCGUUUUUGAGCAAUGAACUAUUUGAAAUCUCCCAUUUGUGAGUGGAAAACCCUUAUCAGCAGUUGAGUUUACCACAAAAUUAGGCACAAUGAACUGUGUGUUUUCAUGUCAGGGUGUGACGAUGACUAACAACUCCACUGUUCCUUAAAUGUGUGUGAUUGUGCAAUGAAUACGUGGCUCCACAGGACACACUGCAGAAAAACAGCAGAUAAAUGUGUGUUCAUUCUCUGAUCAGACUGGUUAUGUGCAGUUUUGUGAUGACAGACACAGGCAAAAAUCUGAUCUUAAUGGAAUAUGUGUUCAUGCUUAAACUCCCCAUGCUCUGAUUUUGACCUUCCGGGACCUUUACUAGACACUAAAUAGUAUCUGAGCAUACUAGGACUGAUUAAAAGGGAUGACUGAAAAGAAACUGCACUGUAAAUCUUCACUGUUGUAAUAGUCACGUCACAUUUAAUAAACAUCUUCAUGAACAAG